UGUACCGAGGUUUGUGCGGUGGUAUGCAGUGUGAUAUUCCACAUAGGCUAAAUUCCAAUUCAAUUCAACUUUGUAAUUUACCUCUUCUGUAUGAUGUUUGCGAACAAACAGGAUAACGCAAAAAUCGUUCUGUCACUUUAGUGCUCUAAAAUGGCCACAGUUUUCUGAAGAACUGCCUUAUUUCUUAGACUGAGAUUUUGUCUUAUGUGAUUAUAUCAGUUUGCUCUCAACAUCACUGAUUAUUCAAUUUUCUAAGUCUCUAGUCUCUAGCAUCACAUGAGCCAAUUGCCGAUAAGCGCAUCAGUACUCAGACACAGUGGCGCCUGGAUAUAACAAGUGUAGCCGACGUGUGAAAAACUGCAAUUGCGACAUCUAUUAACUUCUAUUAAACGCCCAUCAAACACUUAUCGUUCCCACGAGAUCCCUAUGCUUAUGCAAAUAAUGUGUAGCACCUCCUACAUAUAGUCCUAGUCCUGGCACAAUAGGUCAGUGCUGCUGAUCAAAUACAAUCAUUUUUACUCCACUGUCUGUCAAGAGGAACUACAAUAUGGCCAAGAACUUUUCGGUAGCAUGGCUAUCGCAGAGCUCUCAGCCCGACUGCGGCUCCGGGUUAGAGGCCGCUCUGGUGCACGGCCCGAGGUCUCCCACAGUCCAAACCAAACAUGCUUCUUAUAUAGGGAGCCUACGUUCUGAUGGGAAUGUCAAGGAUGUUACCAAGAUGCCAUUUUCACCAACAAAUAGCUGUGGUUACACUUCCGGUUCGGAGAGUGAGGUCGGUGAUGACAGCGAGGUAGAAUUGGGACCAAACCGUCGGAUCAGAACAAAAUUCACUUCCUGCCAGAUCGCUCGGCUGGAGAAAACCUUUCACAAGCACAAAUACCUCGGGGCAACACAGAGAAGAAAAAUUGCAGAAAAGCUGCAUUUGUCUGAAACUCAGGUGAAAACGUGGUUUCAGAACAGAAGGAUGAAGCUGAAACGUGAGGCACAGGACACCCGGGUGGAGUAUUAUACCCCGGCACUGCUUGCUCCUCUGAUUUUGCCACCGCCGCCGUUUCAGCACCAUGCGCUGGCUGGACAGCGACUCACACUCUCGCCUGCCGCCGUGUUCCCGCACUUUACACCGCAACUCACCCGCACAGUGUCUCUGCACCAGCAAACAGCACACAGAGCCAUGAUACACCCGACACUCCUCUCCUCCUGUUACUACUGACCAAACACUCGAUUGAAGGAUUUCAGAUCUCUGACACCUCUAACACUGAUUUACACGGUUUUGUUCUUAUAGUAGCUACAGCGAUAUUGUUGCACAAGUUAUAGCAUAAGUUUAUAUAACAUUAAUUUGAUGUAAAAAUAUAAGCUAAUCACGUACAGUGUAGAUUAAUAUUUGAAUGGUCUUAAUGUUUGAUGGUUCUUAAAGA